GUACCAAUUAGACAAGGCUGUGUUUUUUUAGCUCGACAAGUCUGUAAAGCCCAGCGGCCCUAAACAAUAUACACUUUUAUCAACACAAAUCGAACUCAUAUACCAUCAUUAUCGUCCCCUCUGAAACUGAUCAAUGGCGGCGGCUGUUAGCGGCGAAGAAGAGGAGUUUUACCUGCGGUACUACGUGGGACACAAAGGGAAGUUCGGUCAUGAGUUCUUGGAGUUCGAGUUCAGACCAGAUGGGAAGCUCAGAUAUGCUAACAAUUCCAAUUACAAGAAUGAUACUAUGAUUCGUAAAGAGGUCUUUCUUACCCCUUCUGUUCUUCAAGAGUGUCGCCGUAUCAUCUCUCAGAGUGAGAUCAUGAAGGAAGAUGAUAGCAGCUGGCCAGAACCUGACCGUGUUGGGAGGCAAGAGCUUGAAAUUGUCAUGGGAAAUGAGCAUAUCUCUUUCACUACAUCAAAAAUUGGAUCACUCAUGGAUGUCCAGACUAGCAAGGAUCCUGAAGGACUUCGUAUUUUCUAUUAUCUUGUUCAGGACUUGAAGUGCUUUGUGUUCUCUCUGAUUUCACUCCACUUCAAAAUCAAGCCUAUCUAGUCGGGAUCAAACUGCUUACCUUCUAGGACCUCAAAGUUUGUUGGUGGAAGUACUCUAAUUAUAAAAUGUGAAAGAUUCUGUGGAGAGUGUUUGUCUGAGUAUUGCUUUAUCAUUUCCUUAUCUUCAGCUAACUUGUAUUAAGGAUAUUGUAUUCGAGAUUUGGUACUAAAGGUGCGAGUAUAACUUCUAUUA